CCUGGAUCUUCCUCUCUCUCCCUCUUCACCACUCUCCUUCUUGCUGCUUCUCUCAAUCGACCUCCUCUUCCAUUCAUCUCUAUCCUGCUUUGAUGCAGACAUCACCGCAUUCUCUCAUUCUGAUAAAGUUACCCAGUAUCCACAAUUGAUUGGAACCGUUACCAUGGGUGGAGACGUUCCCCGACAAGCUUCCAGCUCUCUUCCCAGGGCCCCAAACGGUCCUGUCGGCCAACGCAUCGGGGGCAUCUACACAGAUCGUUUGAGACAGUUCACGGACAAUGGCCAGUAUAAGGAACAGGGCCUCUUAUCUAAAUUCUACGAAGGUGUGGACUCCAACAAAGACCACGUUAAGCUUUCUGUAUACUCCGUUCCAAACUUGGAGCGUCCUACCUUUGAAGAGGCAACCUCGCAUGUUUUCACACCCACGCAUAUCGGUGCUUCAUUUGGCCCCAGCUGGUCUACUCAUUGGUUCCGCAUCCAUCUGACAGUUCCGGAGGACCUGCGCCAAAAAGAACGCCUGGAGUUCCAUUGGGAUGCCAAUAACGAGGGCUUAGUCUGGACUGAAGAUGGCCAUCCGCUACAAGGCCUCACUGGCGGCGGAGAGCGCAUCGAAUGGAUCAUCCCUGACACCUGGCGUGAUGGGAAAGAACAUACCUUCUAUAUCGAGAUGGCUUGUAAUGGGAUGUUUGGCAAUCCCGCUGGCGGGGAUAUAAUUCAGCCGCCAUCUCCUGAUAGAUAUUUUACUUUGAGCAAGGCACAGAUUACUGCUGUCAAUCUCGACGCGCGGGCUUUGUACUAUGAUUUCUGGAUUAUUGGAGAUGCGGCCCGAGAGUUCCCUGGUGACUCCUGGGAGUCGCAUGAAGCCAACAUGGUAGCUAAUGCUAUCAUUGACGCUUUCAUUGCUGGCAAUGGGAGUCAAGAAUCGAUCAAGGAAGGACGCAAGAUUGCCAGGAGAUAUCUGGGUGAUAGAGUCGACUCAUCAGAGGUGUAUGAUACGGAUACGCAGCCGAUAGUCUACGGUAUCGGGCACUGUCAUAUUGAUACAUGCUGGCUGUGGCCCUGGGCAGAGACUAAGCGUAAAAUAGCCCGGUCGUGGUCGAAUCAGUGUGACUUGAUGGAGAGGUACCCGGAGCACCGUUUUACUUGCUCACAGGCGCAGCAGUUUAAAUGGUUGAAAGAAUACUAUCCCUCAGUCUUCGAUCGCGUGAAGGGAUGGGUCAAAAAAGGCCAUUUCCAGCCAAUUGGUGGCAGUUGGGUUGAGCAUGACACCAACAUGCCCAGUGGAGAGUCUUUGGUGCGACAGUUUCUCUACGGUCAGCGUUUCUUCGAAAGCCACUUUGGCGAGCGUUGUACAACAUUCUGGUUACCAGAUACCUUUGGCUACUCAACACAGAUUCCCCAGAUAUGCCGUCUGGCUGGCAUGAGCCGCUUUUUUACUCAAAAGCUCAGUUGGAAUAACAUUAAUAACUUUCCACACACUACCUUUAAGUGGGUUGCGCUCGAUGGUAGCCAGGUCAUUUGCCAUAUGCCGGCAUCUGAGACGUAUGCUGCGGAGGCUCACUUUGGUGAUGUGAAACGCAGUGUUUCGCAGAACAAGUCUAUGGACAACGAUAACACAUCACUUCUCGUCUUCGGAAAGGGAGAUGGUGGCGGUGGACCGACAUUUGAGCACUUGGAGAAGCUGCGCCGUUGCCGUGGACUGAGUGAUAAGACAGGGCUGCUUCCGCGCGUGAAUAUGGGUGGGUCAGUGGAUGAUUUCUUCGCCAGGCUUGAGAAGAAGGCCGCGGAGGGUACUCAGUUCGCUACAUGGUAUGGGGAGCUCUAUUUCGAGCUACACCGAGGAACAUAUACUACGCAAGCAAACACUAAGCGGAAUAAUCGCAAGUCUGAGUUCUUGCUUCGAGAGAUUGAGUAUCUGGCCACGCUUGCAUCGACGCAAGCGAACAACGACUAUCAAUAUCCUAAGAAGGAAAUUGAUGACAUGUGGGAGAGCACCCUCCUGUGUCAAUUCCAUGAUUGCCUUCCAGGCAGUUGCAUCGAGAUGUGCUACGAUGACACUGACAAGCUUUAUGCCCAGAUUUUUGAAACUGGGCAGAAAGUUAGGAGGCAAGCCCUUGAGGCUCUUGGAUUCGGUCAGAAGAAACCUACCAAGGGCCUUGUGUCGAUCAAUACUUUGCCUUGGCAUCGGUCGGAAGUUGUUAAGCUUCCUGCAGGUUUCGAAGAAGCAGACUACCCGAAGUAUACAGUGGUUAGCGGGAAGACUGGUCUCAUUGAGUAUCAGGCCAAACCUCUCUUUUCUGCCCGAGUGACUGUGUCAGAAAUCCAGCCUGGGGUGUUCCGACUUCAGAACUCAAAGUUGAGAGUUAGCAUCCACAAUGGUGUAAUCACAUCUCUAUUCGAUGUUGAGGCAAACCGUGAAGUGAUUGCAAAGGCCGGCAAGGCUGGGCAAUUGGUCAUCUUUGACGACAAACCGCUUUACUGGCAAGCUUGGGAUGUUGAGGUUUUCCAUCUCGAAUCAAGGAAAGAAUUGCAUUACAGUAAAACUACCAUUGCUGAAAAUGAUUCAUACCGCGCCAGUGUCGUCACUGAAACCAAGAUCAGUGAGAACAGUUGGGUCAAGACAACGAUCAGUCUGUCUGCUGUUGCUGGAGAUGAGCCCUCAUAUGUAGAAUUUGAAAGUGAGGUUGAGUGGCAAGAGACCAUGAAAUUCCUCAAGGUAGAAUUCCCUGUGGAUAUCACAAACACAGAGGCAUCCUACGAGACCCAGUACGGGAUCGUCAGACGCCCAACACACUACAACACGAGUUGGGAUAUGGCCAAGUUCGAAGUAUGCUGCCAUAAAUGGGCUGAUUUAUCGGAGUAUGGAUAUGGCGUGUCGAUCCUUAAUGACUCGAAAUACGGGUUUGCAACUUGUGGUAACCUGAUGCGUCUGUCCCUACUCCGAGCACCCAAAGCGCCAGAUGCCCACGCAGACAUGGGUCGUCAUCACAUACGAUAUGCGAUCCUACCUCACGCUGGGCCUCUUGACUCGCGCACCAUUCGAGCGGGAUACAAUUUCAACCACCCACUUGUCCUUGAGCCAUCCUCUGGCUCUAUAGUCAACCAUGUGUUUAACUCUAUCUCUAUCAGCGGCUCCCCUUCGCUCAUCUUGGACGCAGUUAAGCGCGGAGAGGAUGACGAAGAUGUCUCCCGAGAUAAUCUACCCCGUCGGGCAGGCAAGAGUGUUAUCCUACGCAUCUACGAGUCACUUGGUGGCAAAGUCCGGGGCAAAAUUCACUCUAAGUUGCCUGUCAAAGAAGUUUGGAAGUGCAAUGUGCUUGAAGAUAAUGAGACGGCUCUUGCGAUUACCAAGGGUGAAGAGACUGUGGAUGUUAACAUCGAGCUAAGGGCGUAUGAAGUUGCUACUUACCGGUUGCAACUGUAGUUAUAGGGUUCUGAUAAUACUUAGAAACCAUUGUUUCAUGUAUGAGGUAUAGUCAUCUUUGAAAAUG